AUGGACUUUGCGGCCCUCGGCCGUGCACCACUGCGGCUCACGGUGAACAGCCGGCGGAUGACGUCGCGUGACCUGCAGAUCGUCGAGGCGACGGACGAGCUGCUCGACGAGGAGGUCCCGGAGCCCCAGGGCAUCGCGCAGAAUGUCAGCCUGCUCCGAGGGUUCAACGCGACGAUCCCGAGUGCGGACAAGAGCAGGUCACGGAGGAGGCAAACGCGGAACGUCGAGGCUCCGAGGCUUGGCUUGAAGCGGCUGGGAAUGCAGUCGCGGGGCAUGCUUGGUGACGAGGAGGAACAUGACGGCGAGAGUGUCGACGGCGAGGACGACGUUGUGCUUGUCGGGUCACGCGGGGCGACGGGCAAGAAAGGAAAGAGCAAGAAGCGGAGUCGGCAAAGCUUGAGUGCAAGCGUCAUGUUCGGGCGGGACGAGUUGUUACGGCAGACGCAAGAAAUCCAGCGGGACAAAGAGAAUAUCCAUGUUCGCAGGGCUCUCAUUAAUAGUGAGAUUGCAGAAAUCACGCACAAGAUUGAAGCCCUGGAUGCAAUGCGACAAAAGUUGGAGCAGGACCUCCUAAAACUACAAGAGGACGAGCUUGAGCUCGAUGAUGAGUUGGAAGGCGUGAAAGAGAGACUCGAACUCGAGGAGGUCAAGAAAGGGACGUCCAAAGGCUCACACCAAGCUAGCAACCUGCCUCAUACCUCACGGAGGCGAAAAGGACCCGCAUUUCUGCCUUCCGAGCACGAUGAGCUACCGCAUGAAGGACAUACGAACCCCAUCACAGCACUCGACUUCUCGGAACCGUACGGCACUCUCGUCUCGGCAUCACAAGACGAUUCACAGCCGCGUGUAUGGGACCUGAUGAGUGGCGAGGAGCUUGGCAGGCUGCGAGGUCAUCGAGGAACGGUGAAAUGCAUACAAGUCGAGGACCAGGUGUGUCUGACUGGCGGCGAUGAUGGCACUGUCAGGGUUUGGGAUCUGCGCUUGGUAGACGAGGAUGAGGAGUGGGAGCGGGAAAGCGAGAUGGUGCACCUGAGUGACAUACAGGAAGAGGAGAGUGUUGAUGAGUUGGGCGUGCGCACCGACACGAAUGGCUCCAUCAGGCAGGGCACUAGCACGUCAGGAGGUGAAGAAGAGAAGGGCGGUCCAUGCGUACGGUUGUUGGAAGGGCACACGAAAGCAGUCACUACCUUGUACUUCGAGGAUCAGUGUCUGGUCACAGGUGCCUCAGACAAGACAAUGCGCCAGUGGGAUUUGAAAACUGGACAAUGUGUCAUGACAAUGGACAUUCUCUGGGCGAUCUCGCACCCACCUGCAGCAGUACCAGGUGUGCCAAACGCGCUCUUCCCUGGCGCCGCGGCGGCGGUAGGCACGUUCGCAGUCCCGACGCCACCGUAUGCAGACGGCACGUGGGACAUGUAUCAGGACUUUGUCGGCGCGGUGCAGUUCUGGGGGUACGCCCUCAUGAGCGGCAGCGGCGAUGGUGCCGUGCGAAUGUGGGAUAUGCGCACCGGUCAGCCACACCGGACGCUCCUGGGCCACACUGCACCCGUCACCUGCCUUCAGUUCGACGAGCUGCAUGUCGUCACUGGCAGUCUGGACAAGUCAAUACGGAUCUGGGAUCUCCGCACAGGCGGCAUCUUCGAGACGCUCAAGUACGACCAUCCGGUGACGGCUCUUCAGUUCGAUACGCGUAAGAUCGUGGCGACUACAGGCGAGAACGGGCCGGAGUUGUACAACCGCACGAGCAUGCAGCACUCCCGUUUACUCACGAAUGGGCACACGCGUCCC